GCUCCAGCCGGAGGCCAGAGAGAAGGUGUCGCUGAAGCCUGGAGAUGAAGGGCCUCUUCAUGCUGGCUUGGCUCCUGGCUUGCAGUGUGCCUGCUGUCCCAGGGAGCUUGCUGGACCUGAAGUCGAUGAUUGAGAAGGUGACUGGAAAGCCCGCCCUGAAGAGCUAUGGCUUCUAUGGCUGUCACUGUGGCUGGGGGGGCCGCGGCACCCCCAAGGAUGGGACUGAUUGGUGCUGUUGGAAGCAUGACCGCUGCUACGCCCAGCUGGAGACACAAGACUGCGACGUCUUGACACAGGCCUACAGAUACAGGGUCGCAUGGGGCUUCGUCAUCUGCGAACAUGGGUCCCGCUGCCAGCGGCAGCUCUGCGCCUGCGAUCAGAAAUUCGUCUACUGCCUGAAAAGAAACAUGAGGAGCUACAACCCUCUUUAUCAGUACUUUCCCAACUUCCUCUGCACCUAGUCACCUCAGAGAGCUCCUCCUGGGCCAGGAAGCUUGCUCCCCUCACUACAGCAUGGAGCUCACCCACGCUGCUGGGCUUCCCAGGGAGGUUCCAGGUCUGGAGUCUCGAUGGUCCCACUGGGCUUGGAGGAGCCCCACACCCUCACUUCACCCACCAGAGAGUCCCAGGAGAGUGACUCAUGUCACUGGAUCAAGAAGGCCAGGGUCCCUGCCUUCCAUUUGCAAGAAUGCCUGCUCUGGUGCUGAAAGCUCACCCCUGACUCCAGCCGGCCGUGUGUCACCUCAUCCCUGAAGAUCAGUCUUAUUUCCCCAGGAGGGUGGCUUUCCUGAGAUGUGUUAACUUUUCAGUUCCGCAGUCACUGCCAACUUGCAGAGAAUUUUUACUCAAGUAAAAUCAAAAGUGACUCCCAUAAUUCUGCUACAGAGAUAUUAAAUAAAAUUCCUUUUCAAGACUAACAACAACCACA